CAUUAUAGUUCAAAAUUAUAAACAACACUGAUUUUAUUUCGUGAAAAUUCUAUCAAAAUUAAAACCAUAUCAGUCCUCUAGUUACCACAUUCACAGUCAUCAGUUGGUUCUUAUCACAGAAACUUUUCACGUUAUCGUCUUCAAUUUCAAUUCCUGUAAACAUGUUGUAUAUUUUAUUACCAUUAAUCGCUAUUACCACCAUAAUUUUCACCAAUGCAGCCGUUUACGAUUACAAAGCAGUAGAAAUAAGUGGACUAAGUGGUAUAGAACCUUCUAGCGAAGAUAUCAUGGAAUUUCACAAAUUCCUCGAAACUGUUAAUAAUUCUGCCUACGAUCAAAUACCUAUAUUUGGCUACUACCCCGAAUUUAUUCAAAAUCCAAUGAUAACUGAAUUCAAAAGAGGAGGUAUUUGCCCCUACAUUAUUCCAGUGCCUCCUUUGAAAAAGUGCUGGGUUUAUUGGGACUUUUGCGUUCGAGCCAAUUUGGGAAAUCGGCACAGAAGAUGGUAUACAGCGUUUAAAUCUCCUCGAGUGACGUGGAACGGAGACGAGGAUGCUCUCUACACGCUAAUAAUGCACAAUCCGGAUGUACCCAUUGGUAAUUUCUCCUUUAGAAGAUGGCGUCCUUGGGUGGUAGGCAAUAUUCCAGGACCUUGUAGAGUUGACGAUGGAUUCGUGUUGUAUGAUUAUAAUCUAGAUUUUAAACCUAUCGAUGCAUUUCAACGACACGUAUUUUUGGUGUAUAAACAAGAAAAACCGAUUACGUUUGAUCAUCGAGAUGUCUAUCAACCAAGAAGAUUGCAGCGAUUUAAUUUGACCAAAUUUGUAUACAAAUAUAAACUGGGUAACCCUGAGUUUGGGAACUUCUAUUACAGUUUUCUCAACUAAAGUUUUUUCUCUUGUGUAUGGUAUUUAAAAUAAAACCAAAAGAAAUAUAGUAUCAUAAUAUGACAAAUACUUCAUUACCUAUUAAUUCUGAUCCAUUAAAAAAUCAAACUCGACAGAAACAAUUAAGAAAUAUUUAUAAAAAAACGCUUGAAAAUUGGCUUCGAAAUAAACGUGAAAUUUCAACCUACUCAAAUUAGGUGCAUACCUAUCUACAUCAGAAUGAAAAAUAAAUUUUAUAGCACUCUUUCAAAAUUCAAAUAUGAUCGUAUGACAUAUCAAAAUAAUUAAAUUUUCGGGGUUAAAAAAAUAUCUGAAUAAAAGUACAGUUAUUUCAACUUGAAAAGAGAUAGGUAGACCAAAAAA